AUGAUUUUAGAAGCUGAAAAAUGGAUCGUUGCUCAACAAACCCUAACUCUCGUGGAAUGGUACCCUAGUUUCGAUCCGGACAAGCAGAGAUCUUCUCGUGCUACAUGUUGGGUUAAAUUCCCGGGUUUACCUAUGGAGUUUUGGAUUGAAAAAACUCUUCUAGCUUUGGGUAAUCCUGUAGUGGUGGAUAAACGUACGCUGGAACAUGAAUAUGGUCACUUCACUUCGGUACUCAUUGACAUUCAUUUCGCUGAGCUAGAUACUGAUGGUAUCCAUGUCACAGUUGGAGGUAUGGAGUUCUGGCAAAAUUUUGAGAUACUUAAAAAGCCAAAGUUUUGCUCAAAAUGUGCUAUUCUAGGUCAUUCUGACUCUGAAUGUCGCAAGAAGAAGAAAAAUCCUGAUAAAACCGAUAACAGCUCAACACAGCUCAUUGUACCCCCUCCUCAAAAUCACCAGGGUUCUGACUCUAAGGUUGGCGAAUGCCAGGAAGCUAGAAGAAGAAAGAAGGGAAAGAAUGCUCCUAAAAUUCCUUUUGUUCCUGAAGUGACUGCUCAAGCUGGGAUUGGUUCAUCAAUAUCCUCUGAAGUUACUGAAGUUGUGAGCAUUAAAGACACUAUUGAGUUGGAACAACAGUUGCAAGAUGAAUUUGCAAAAUCCGAAGCUGCAUUGCGCUUGGCUUCUGCUGAAACUAGAAUUCCUCAUGCUGAUAGGAAUUUAGCUACAUCUUCGUCGACACCUUUGUGUGAUGCUCUUGAAGAAAGUUCGGAAUACAUCUCUCAUAAUCGGUUUCAUCUGUUGGGUGACAGUAGUGGCAAUGAAACUAUGGUGCUUGGUCAGGUUGAUGAGGCAGCUAGACAAGCAAAACAUCGUCAGAUAUUAGCUCUACAAGCAAAAUUAAAUUCUUUACAGGGUAUGGACUCUCUGACUGACAAUGAAGAGAUUUCACAGUUGGGAAUUCGUGCUUGUCGGGGUUCUUCUCCAGGCUUCAAUCCCUCCAAUAAUCAAGCUAAAACAGCUAAGCUAAAUAAAACUCAAACACCCAAAGUUUAA